AUCUUCACAUUUCAUCCUUUCCAGCACAAACCGAAGCCCUUGAAGUUCAGCUGCUGCCGCAAUGGUUUUUGUCAAAUCCCAGAAGAGUAGGGCUUACUUUAAGAGGUUUCAGGUCAAGUUCAAGAGAAGGAGACAGGGAAAGACUGAUUACAGGGCUAGAGUUCGCCUUAUUAAUCAGGACAAGAACAAGUACAACACUCCCAAGUAUCGCUUUGUUGUGCGAUUUUCAAACAAGGAUAUUGUUGCGCAAAUCAUAUCUGCUAGCAUAACUGGAGAUCAUGUUCUUGCUGCAGCAUAUUCUCAUGAGUUGCCUCGUUAUGGUCUUGAAGUAGGACUUACAAAUUAUGCAGCUGCUUACAGUACUGGACUUCUGUUGGCUCGUCGUGUUUUGAAAAAACUUGAGAUGGAUGAUGAGUAUCAAGGAAAUGUAGAGGCUUCUGGAGAGGAUUAUUCAGUUGAGCCUGCAGAAAGCAGGAGACCUUUUAGGGCUCUUCUCGAUGUCGGCCUUAUCAGGACCACCACAGGGAACCGUGUCUUCGGUGCUCUUAAGGGUGCACUUGAUGGUGGUUUGGAUAUUCCUCACAGUGACAAGAGAUUUGCUGGAUUCUCAAAGGAGUCGAAGAAUCUUGAUGCUGAUGUUCACCACAAGUAUAUUUAUGGCGGGCAUAUUGCUGCAUACAUGACGUCUUUGCUGGAAGAUGAGCCAGAGAAGUACCAGACUCAUUUCAGUGAGUACAUCAAACGAGGGAUUGAAGCUGAAGGCAUUGCUGAGCUGUACAAGAAAGUUCAUGCUGCCAUUCGUGCCGAUCCUUCUCCUAAGAAGUCUGAGAAACAGCCACCAAAGGAGCAUAAGAGGUACAACUUGAAGAAACUGACAUAUGAGCAAAGGAAGUCGAAGUUGAUUGAGCGAUUGAAUGCUCUCAAUAAUGCUGCUGGAGGAUCUGAUGACGAUGACGAGUGAUCGAUCUUGUUUAUUCAAUCUUCAAUUAUGAAGAUUUGAUGGUUUUGUUUACUUUAGUUGUUUUCAAGAAUUGGUUGAACUUAAGAGAUGGUGUUUUACUGAUUUUCAGUUUUAAGGUUUCAAUUUGUUUGGAAA